GAGACGCAGGGAGGGCGGGAGGAGAUGCGGGGUUUGUUCACAUAAUAGUCGGCGGCUAAAGGCGUGGUGAGCGCGGCUCGACGCGGGGCGAACGGCACGGCAUAAAGCCGAUAACCGGCCAAUAUGUAGGCGAACGGCUACCUUAUCGACACCCAAAGAGGGAUACGAGCGUCAGGAGCGCAAAGAUGACAGAAGGAAGGUUGUGCCAAGUGCUGCUGCUGGAUGACAGGAAGCUGGAGCUGCUGGUUCAGCCGAAGCUCCUGUCGUAUGAACUCCUCGACUUGGUGUCCUCCCAUUUCAGCCUCAAAGAGAAGGAGUUUUUUGGACUGUCAUUUGUUGAUGACAAUGGUCAGUGUAAGUGGUUGCAGAUGGACCGCAGAGUUCUUGAACAUAACUUUUCAAAGAAGCACGGACCCAUUGCCCUGAACUUCCUGGUCAGGUUUUAUGUUGAAAAUAUCACACAGCUUAAGGACAUCAUAACGGUGGAGUUAUUCUUCCUGAAUGCAAAAUCUGCAGUGUACAGUGGAGUCAUCGAAGUGGAAAGUGACAAUGUCUUCAAACUAGCUGCAAAUGCUUUGCAGGAGGCUAAGGGAGACUACACCAGUGAUGAAAACACAAGAGCUAACUUGAAGAAACUUCCAACUCUUCCCACCAAAGUGCUAAAGGAACACCCUUCACUUGCAUAUUGUGAGGAUCGAGUGAUUGAGUAUUACAAACAGCUGAAGGGAUUCACACGAGGACAGGCCAUUGUGCAGUAUUUGACAUUGGUGGAAUCGUUGCCCACAUAUGGUGUUCAUUAUUAUGAAGUUAAGGACAAACAAGGGAUCCCAUGGUGGCUUGGAAUCAGCUACAAAGGCAUUGGCCAGUACGAUCUCCAGGACAAAUUAAAACCAAGAAAGUUAUACCAGUGGAAGCAGCUAGAAAACCUGUACUUCAGAGAGAAGAAAUUUGCUGUAGAAGUUAAUGAUCCUCACAGGAGGGCAGUGACCAAGCGCACAUUUGGGCAGACAGGCCUACUCAUCCACACGUGGUAUGCCAGCCACUCUCUGAUCAAAACCAUUUGGGUUAUGGCCAUUAGUCAGCACCAGUUUUAUUUGGACAGAAAGCAAAGUAAAGCUAAACUAGGCCCUGCAAAGAGUUUAGAAGAACUCGCCAUGGAUCUCACUGAGCAUGGAGGAGCAAAGAUAAGCAGACUGGGAGACACGGGGCUGAAGAAUAACUUGAUGACUGCCAGCAAUGGAAGCUUGGUAUCCACAGGAUCUGCAGAUUCUGAAAUGAGUGAAGAACAGAAGAAAGAGAAACUGUCUGAACUGAGGAAAAAAGAACAGGAGAUCCAAGAGAUUCUGGCCAAGAAAACAAAAGAACUAAAGAAGAUUUGCUUGAGAGAGGCGGAGCUUACAGGGAAGCUGCCAAAAGAGUACCCCUUGUCAGCAGGGGAAAGGCCUCCUCACGUCCGACGACGAGUUGGAACUGCAUUCAAAUUAGACGAACUUUUCCCCUACAAUGAGGAUCCCUUCUUGAGGAACUUGGAGAGCCGGUUUGCCCUGCAGCAAAAAAUUGUUGAGGCGGCCAAAAAGCUCGCGAAUGAGACAGAAAUCUGCAAGACAGUAAAGAAGAAGAGGAGGAGAAACUGUUUGGAUGCCAUGCACAAACUCCAGCAGAUAGAGGACGAGAUGAACCAGUACAGAAUCAAGAAGGGAAAGAAGCCCACACAGCGAGCCUCUGUCAUUAUUGCAGAUGAGCUUGUUCGAUCAGACUGUGGCUCCCUGUCUAGUCUCCCACUUGAUGAUGAUGACGCAGAAAGUGUCACUCAGAGGCCCCGAUCACAGUCAGUCCAAGGUUCACCUCAGCUCAGUCCGAUGCGUUCGCUGGGAGCAGAAUAUGAUGUGGAGAAACCGAGGGAGAAUUACCACAUCAAGAAUCUCAGCAGAUUAGCUUUUGAAGGUCAGGAGGCUUCCCACUACUACCAGAGUCCAAGAGAGAUCUCAUCCACCCACAGUAGCCCCUAUAAAACCCUUCCCAGACCUCCUAGGGACCCACACAGCAUGCCUCCCACCCCGGUUAUGACCCGCAAUGCCUACAGCAGCAGCCAGCUCAGGUCAGAGGGCUCUCCUCAUUGCUUCAGGCAUCGCAGUGGAAGCUUGGAGUCGCAGCCCCGGCUGAGGAAAGACACAGACUCAGAGAAGACCGUCUUCAUGCUUUCACCAGCCCACCGCAGCAGCAGCACGGAGAUACUAGAAGAUCGCUCCUCCUACACCAGUCAGUCUAGUCUGGACUACUGCGGGGCAUCCAACUCCCAUUACAGUACGCUGGACUCCCGAACCUCAACCAUGCAUCGUCUUCAAAAGAAGUUGGAAGUGUAUGGAAAUACCGGGAGCAUGCCCAACUUGGCACAGCACCAUUCUGGUAGUGGUUAUGUAUGUGAGACCCCUGCACACUAUGCACCCAGUGCCUACUACGUCACCGGCUACCCAUGUCCAGAGAUGGAGCCUUACGCUAACGGUGCCUAUGUGUAUGAGAACGAAGUAGAAGGUCACUAUAACCUCAACCCAUCCUACCAAAUGAAUGGGUAUCAUGGACAUGACAGAUACAGGCUUUACAAUAGUGACCAUGCAGACGGUCUUUCCCAGAAUCCCUAUGCCACUCUGAGGCCACCGCGGACGAGAGAAGGGCCCAGAAAUGAGCUGUUAGCCAAAAACAUGCAGAAAGCCCUGGUAGCAGAGCACCUGAGAGGCUGGUACCAACGAAACAAGGGCCACAGAGAUGGCGGCAGAGGGAUGCUGGCUGGAUAUGACUACGACACCGGCUCUCAGCUCAGCCUAGGCUAUCAAACCAUGCCAGCUGGUUUCAGCCACUCUAGCCGGGCCACUUCCUUUUCCUCAGUGUCCUCAGUGGAAAGCACAGGGAACUGGCGUAACCAGCUGUCUGUGGGCCUAACAGACUGUGAAUCAGCUGACACACCUCAGUAUCAUCACCACGGAGCACCGCCUUCUUUGUACAACCGCAGCCCCACACACAGCAGAUUUCAACUGAAUGGGAGCUACAUGGGCAUCCACUGACAAGGACCAACUCUGACAGUGGCACAAAAAAUGUGACCGAGAGAAAAAAGAAGGUGACAGUGAAGCCGGAGUAAAGCUGCUCAAUAACUCUUUGCUGCCAUAACUCAAUCAUGGGAGAUGUACAUCCAGUAUACCCUGUCCUGGUAUUACAGUAACCUCUGAACACAGUGAUGCCACUCUUGAAUGACUUUCCCAUGUGCCUUGGAUUGGAUGAUUUGUACAGGCAGAUGAGAAUGUGUCAAGAUUCAGAAAAGACGUUGCACAACCAUACUGGACUUAAACACAGAGAAAAAAAAGAGGUAACAUACAUUUUUGCUGUAGAGUCCAACUUCAUGUAUUUUAACGGGAACUAGCUAUUGCCUUAUACAAAGUAGUACCACUUUUACAUCAGUAAAUAAUGGAAAUCAGCAUCAAACAUAAGAAGUGGUUAUUUAUUAGAGCAGAUUGUGUGUUUGAUGAAUUUCCAUUUCUUACAGUUUUUUUUUUUUUUUUUCAAAACUUUGAAUCAGAAUGUAUCCUGUGUUAGCUGGUGUCGUAAUGUGGUUUAAAAUGCAUGAUGACAAUAUCACAUUUUGAUAAAAAAUGGAAAUUUUUUUAUGAACGGAAGAUCACUGCCGAAAAAAAAAUCAUGUCUCAUUUGUUUUGUCACAUAUUUGUACAGUCAUUGUGUUGUUAUAUGUUGUUAGAUGUUGUCAUAAGAUACUUUCCACUGAGAAUAAGGAUGUGAAUAAAUGU